UUUUAUUAUUUCGCUGCAUAUUUUCACAUGACCUAAGGAAACAAAUGCAAGACUUCACUUGGUAACCAGACCCGUUAGUCGCCAUAAUUUGGACAUGUCGGACGCCCGAUGAAGGCGUUAAAAAAAUUUCCAGUAAUACAUCAACAGGAUUAACAAUGUUUUCCCGGGCCACCAAGUCCAUUGUGAAAACCAUCGGGCAGCGAAAAUAUCACGCUGGUGAAGAGAACAUCAAGCUGGCGGCGAUUGGAGGCGUAGGGGAAAUAGGACGAUCUCUCUCGCAAAUGUUAAAACGAACCUCGAAGCUCGACGUACUUGUGCUGUAUGACGUGGCGGCGUUGAACAAACGAUUUUCGACACCGAUCAAAUUGAACUAUUUUAGCAACGGUGAAACCACGAAUCUCUCGAAUUCGCGGAUGCUGACGAUGCUGGAGAAAUCGAGAUCGAGUAAGGGUGACACUCGCAGCGAAAAUGUUCAAUUACCAUUCUGCUCGAAUCGUGCGCCAAAGCUGAACCAGAAUGCAACUGAGAAAUUCGUCGAAAGUCUGUGUCAACCGCCUAUCGCCGAAGAAUGUGCCACGAAUCAAUUUUCAAAACCAAUGAUGAAAUUCCAGCUGCAGGCUACGCCAGACACACUGGCCAGACACCACCGGCGUGAUAACGUAAUCGAAGUAAGUUCCGCAAACGGGAAAAGCAGGGGAAGCAAUUUUUUUUUAUCCAUUACGUUACCAGUUCCAUCGUCUCUCGAAAUCGGUCGCGAGCACUCGAUAACGAUGAUCGAGCAGCGCGUGAAACUCGCCGCUAUGGCUCCACCUCCCUUCUGCCUCUUCCUCAUCUCCAAAUUUGACCCCUCGGACCGAAGGUACAGGGACCCUUUGUCGAUCGCCAAUCACGCCACGAAGAACCAAAUCCCUGACGAUCUCGCCGAGCUGUAUCGCGGCACCGUCUACUUCAAUUACGACAGGAUCCGCAACGACGACUAUUUCCCCCAAGGCGAGGAGUACGAGGAUGAAAUCGGCUUGGACUAUGGUCAAAUGCCACGAGAAGAACUAGGGAGAGAGAGGCAGCUACGAUUCGGCGAGCCGGACUGUAGCGCGGAGUCGCCUGAUUGGGGAGAAAGGAGCCCAUGCCAUCCGCCAAAGGGCCCCUGUGAACCCAUGGGUCCGCCGGGCUAUCCACCGAAACCGAAGCGAAAGAAGAAGCAGUUCUGCGCCAAGUUAAAGAACGAUUUGAACGCAACGUUCCUGAGAUCUGUCCUCGAGCUCUCCACCGCGAUGUUCGGCAACUCUCGCGCCAGGAGUCAGCGUUCCUUGGGAUCGUCCCUUUUCAACGCGAGGAACUUCAGCAUCGCGCCCGUUCUGCCGAAGGAGUCCAAGAACAUCGUCGGUUUGUCGAAAGAGUUGACGAGGUGUUUGUGGCAAGAGCAAGCGAGGUUCUUUCGAAACGACUCUAUCUUAUUGAGCAAAUCACGCUGGAGGAAGCCAUCGUCGGACUGCUCCUCCAAGUCAGCUCCCGACUGUACGAAACAGACUCGACCGAGAGGGCAACGACAGAAACCUGACGUUCCGUCUGCCGCAGCGUGUCCACAGCCUCCGACAGCCAGUCCACCGCCUUGCUCCACGUCCUCCGUAAAACCCAAGGAAUGUCCUCCAGUGAAAAUAUGCUAUCGAAAGUGUCCUCCGCCUCCGAUACCACCGAAGCCACCGAAAUGUUCCAAGAUCCCCGCUCUAUCGCCACCCCCAUUGCCGCCCAAGUGUGCGCCAUCCUGCCCGCCACCUCCUCCAUCACCUCUACCCAAAUGUCCAACGCCGUGUGAACCUUGCCCUUGCCCUCCUCCCUGUCCUCCGUCGUUCUGUCCACCUCCACCCCCGUGUCCACCCUGUCCACCGCUUCCUUGUCCAUCUCCCUCUUCACCCGGAAUCUGUCCGCCUUGUCCAGAGUGUCCCAAAUCUCCUCCUUGUCCACCGCCGCGACCAUGUUGCCCUUGCCCUUGUCCGAAACCGUGUCCACCUUGCCAAGAACUUGAGCCUUCCUGUCCCAAGGACGUUCGAUCCUGUCCGAAAAAUUCCGGCACACCGGCGAGCAAGGGUCUGAAGAAGAGGAAGAUGUCCACGUAUCGCGUGAUGUCAAAAUUCGUUAGACGGCCCGUGAGAGUUGGUUGCAGGGAGUUUCACGCGUGCACGGCGUUGUUCAACAAGGAUGGGAAAUCGAGUGCAGCCGGCUGCAAAGAUAUGGGUGACAUUUGCGGGAAUGAGAAGACUGGCGAACAGAGGAAUCUUGAGAACAAAGAGGAGAAGAAGAAGAAGAAGAAGAAGAAGACGAAGGACGUGUGCGCUGGCAGGGAGCCAGUGAAACUGCAGAAGAAGAAAAAGAAGAAGGGGGAGGAAUCGAAGAAGGACGAAUGCGUGUAUAAGUGCAUUCGGAGGGGAAAGUGCGAGCAACCAGUUACCACCAAACCGCCCAAGAUGGAGUACAAACCGAUCGUUUGCGCACCGCCGAAAUUUCCCCCGGCUGCGCCCUGUCCGGAGAUCCCCGAUGCGGUGUACGAGACAGACUUGUCCCCCAGUGAGACUCCAAGUAUCAGAACGAAAGAAAAGAAGCAGAUCUGUGUUCCGCCACCGGUGCCAAAACCACCGACAGAGCCGGUAGUUCUCUGUCCUUGCCCGACACCGGCGAAAAUGCACCCCGGACCUUGCCCUUGCUACAACACGAAGAAACCAUCGAAGACACUAUCGAAAUCGACGAUGCGACCGUGUCCGCGCAAGCCAUAUAUCUGUCCUAGAAAGGCGGUAAAACUUUGCGUACUGGAGGAUGUGAGCUGCAAGAAACGCAAAACCUGCGACCCGGAGAGGAGAAAGAAGAAGGACGAGUAGCGGAGAUGAAGAGAAUGCCCAGACAAUCACCGAGAAGACAAAUGGGAUCACAGUAUCUCACGGGGUCUAUCAUACAUUGAUUUCCCGGAUCGAUGGUCGUCAACGAUAUUUUCAGUCGCUCCGUUCGUUGUCUAUCGCUUCGAGGAUCAAUCGAGCAUCGAUCGAAAUUUCCAUUUUCAUUUUCUUUCUCGUCUCGCCACCGCUCGAAAGAUUCGAACGAAACGAGAAGACGAACGGGCAGACUUGUUCGUGUGUGUUCUUUGUCGCGUGCUCGACGUGUCGCGCGUGUCUUUCGUCUUAAAUUCAUUCGUCGUGCUGUCGAGUCUCGUCACGUACGAGCCCGACAAUCGGGAGGAAGGUGAAAAGCCAUCGCGAAACGUCUCGAAAAUUCUUCGCCCCUUUCGUAACCUUUCUGGGCAGGGUCGAGCUUCUCGGCUCGAAACGACGAAACGAGCCUCGUCGUCCACGCGACACUCGACACACACACUCGUUCGGUUUUUCUAAGAGAAGUCCAAGUCUAAAAUUUCGAAUAGACCUCGUGGCGUAAGAACUGUG